CGUCCAGCCACUGACCCAGUCGCCUCCCCCCGCAGGGCCCCUGCCCCCUUCAGUCAGCGUCCCCGGCAGGGCUAAGGGGAUUCUGACACGGCAGUCCCCUAGUGGCCAGGCGCGCUCCCGGAGCAGCCGUAGGCCUGCGGGCUCACGAGCGCUGGGGCGCCCAGCGAUUCCUUAUGGGCAGCGUGCGCUGGGCCUUCCCCUGCGCCGCCUGGGCCCCGCGCCGGGACGAGUGGCUGCUGGCCGCGCGCCUGGUGCAGCCCGAGGAGAAGGACCGCGUCCGCCAGUUCGUCUUUGCCCGGGAUGCCAAGGCUGCCAUGGCUGGUCGUCUGCUGAUAAGAAAAUUAAUUGCAGAAAAACUAUGGAUACCUUGGAAUGAAAUAAACUUGCAAAGGACAUCAAAAGGAAAACCCUUCCUGGUGAAUGAUAUACUCGGUAUCCAUCCCAAUUUCAAUUUUAAUGUCUCUCAUCAAGGGGAUUAUGCAGUUCUUGCAGCUGAGCCUGAGCUUCAAGUUGGCAUUGAUAUAAUGAAGACUAAUUUGCCAGGUAGUGGUUCAGUUCCGGAUUUCUUUCGCAUUAUGAAACGACAGUUUACAGAGGCAGAGUGGAGGGUAAUCAAGUCCAUGAAUAACGAAUGGAUUCAGCUAGAUAUGUUUUAUAGGCACUGGGCACUAAAGGAAAGCUUUAUAAAGGCCAUUGGGAUUGGAAUAGGCUUUAACCUGCAAAGGAUUGAAUUUAAUGCCUCCCCAUUGCAGCUGGAAGUAGGGAAGGUUUACAAGGAGACAAAAAUGUUGUUGGAUGGAGACAAGGAAGAAGGGUGGACUUUUGAGGAAACCCGGUUGGAUGAUCUCCAUCAUGUUGCAGUAGCUCUGGGGAAACCAGAAGUAUUUGUACAGAAGGAUUCCAACGUUUUUUCUAAAGACCUGACCCAGCCACAAUUCCAGAUAUUGACUUUUGAUGAUUUAGUUGCCGCCGGUGUUCCUAUGGCACCUGAAGACCCUGCAUACUGGGAUAACUUUUGUUCCAAGCAGGAGUGCCCAGCACGCCAGAGUACUCAUUCAAGAUAAAACUGUGUUUCCAAGAAAAGAAGCUGAAAUCUUUCACAGACCACACAUUGUUCCUUUGCAAAGCUUAAUUUGAGUGUGUGUAUACAUUUCCCCUUUUAGACCAAUAUUCGUUUCCCAGCCUCACAAAGCUGCCACCUUUUACUCUCUUUACCCUAUGCUGAGAUCAUUUCAGGCUAAAGAAACUGAAAUAAAUGAUCUAAACUGAUCCUGCACCUUUUUUUCAUUGUGUAAUUUGCAUCUACCUCUGUGAUUCUCUUAUCUCCAUGAUUACCCCCUGCCAAUAGCAGUGAACAGAGCUGCAUUAAUGCUGCUCUUGAUGAGCAACAUGUGUUUAAUAUUUAAAGAAAAUGUGUUUUCAUGCUUAAUUUCUGCUGAUGUUUAAGUGAUAUUAUUGCCUCUCUCUCAUGAAAUCAUAAUUUUAUUCCAAAGUGGCUAGGCAAAGCCAAAGUAAAACAGUUGGUUAAUGAUGAUGGCACUAUUUCUUCAUAGCAAAAGUUCUAUGUGAAAUUAUCAAACUUAUUUGUCAUCCCUGUAAGUGACAUUAAUGGAUCUACAGCUGUGUAAAACCAGUUUGAGAGUGUUCUGAGUCCUGGGCUUUUGGUGACGUAUAUCCUCACACAGUCAGCCUCCUCCUCACAAUUGUCUGUACUGAUUCUCUCCACUAACAGUAUACAGGUUUUCUGCCUCUCCUUUAGAUAUGAGUCCUCUGAAGUGGAUACGUGCCCUGCAGUAGUUCUGCAUUUCUGGACCCAUAUUUGCAUUUCUGUUCUCUUUAUUUCUGGAGACCACUAUUUUUUAAAUAUAUAAGCACUGUCUGCCCUUUUCCAAGGAGGGCUGCAGAGCUGGAGCUGGGGAAUGCAGAGUAUUGCAUUGUCAUAUAGACUUCAGAGAGACUUGGGAGAGAGCAACAGGUGCUGAAAGACAAUUUUAGACUAUUUGUCUUGUCCUUUUCAAAGAAUACUUUUUCCCAUUGUGUAUCCUCCUUUUUAAUCUAGGACCUGUGGAUACUUGAGGUCAUUUGAAAGGUGGAGGGAAUGGAUACUGACCAGAAUCAUUACCUCAGAAUAAAAGGCUCAAUUCUCUUCCCAUUGAAGUCAAACAAAAUUCAUGUUGACUUCAGUGAGAGUAGGAUUGUGGCCAAAUUGGCUGUUGCCCUGCAUUCUGAUUGGGUGAAAGCCUGCUUGUAUUAUAACCAUUAAACUUGCACCUCUGAUGUUAAAUAGAAUUUGAGGCAGGAAGGAAAUGGGUUUUAUGGUCUUACAGAAGCCCCCAUGCUGCUGAUGCAGAUAAUCACUUUCUCACACUCAAAUAAUAUCUGUUAAAAUUAUCCUUUUGCCUGCUUUUACAAGGGAAAUUUCUUAAUGGAGAAAACCAGCAUUAAGUCCAUUGUACCCUGCUGAUUGUAAAAUUUUAUUUUAUUUGCUAAAAUAAUAGCCGUCAUAAGAAUUUGCUUUUCUCCAGACUACAAUAGAUGUUUAAAAAUAAUCUUGUUUAUUAGUUUUUGGUCUUAAUUGUCCCUGCUGCUGGUGUUUCAGACCAAACUGAGAAUCCAGUGCUUUUUAGCAGACCGCACUGCAAACACUAAGCCCCAUUGGCAAGUGCAUAAUACAUUUUAUCAUCUGCAGUGAAGUAAUUUGCAGUGUUGUAUGUGAUCACAUUUAGGCAUGGGAGUUAACAAUCCUGAUAAAUAUGGCAAAUAACACCUCUUUUGGCUGGCUAAUGACUAAUAAGGCUAUAUCUGUAACAAGAAAAUUUAGAAACUUAAGGGUUGGUUCUCCCGCAAACUCUCCCAACCCCCAAAAACGCAUUGAUCCUGAAAGACCAGGCAGAAUCACUAGGAAGACUGCAAAUCUGCACAAUACACAGAUUUCCUUUACAUUUGGAUUUCUGUUGCUUUGGGUAAAAAAAAAAAACAAGAUUAAUCUAACUUUUUUGCAAAUUUUAACAAGCAAUAAUGGUAAGAGAUAAUGUUGGCUUGUGGAAACUAAAAUGAGUCAUGUGUAUCUACAAUUUCAGAUCUUGGCAGUAUUGAUAGAAUUAUUUUACAUUCAUAUGCACAGAAAAGGAGUAAUCAUAAGGGUAUAAGAGUUUCACAUGUCUAUCUUCUGAUAUCCUGGGAAUGUGAACAGUUAUUCUCAUAAACAUAAGAAUUGUUUUCUGAGCAUAUACUACUGCUGUAAAUAAUUAUUUAGAAAAUAAACUGAAUCUCCUCUUUAAGCAGUUAUGCAUGUGGAGCACACAUUAAAAUCAACAUUACGGUUAUGUAUAGAAGAGUUAGUGUAAUUGAAUAUCCAAGGUGAAAUCAUUAAUAUUACUGUAAAUGAUCUAUCUAUUUAAUGCUUUAGGGACAGAAUUUUAACUUUGUUCUUUACAGAAAUAGCAUGGUACAAAUUGUGAUAAAUGUGUUUAACUUUGGGCAUAUGUCUGUGGUUUUUUGUGUCUUAUGUAAAGAUUAUAGUUUAGUGACAGAAAUACUUUUAAGACACUUUGCAUCUUUGUGAAAAGAGAGUUAUGUUGCUAUUUGACAUGAGUAUGUCUGUAGGAAGUAGCUCAUAUGACUCAAUCAGGCUGACAAUAUCAUGUGCAAGGUUUAUCUUGUUACUAUAUUACAGAAGUACAUGGGCUGAAUGAACACGUUAGCUAAAGCUAACAUUGGUGUUCAGUUUUUCAAAAAGAAAAAAGGUGUAAAGCACUGGUAUGUUCACAGUUAAUCACAUUAACAAAUCAACAUAAAAAAGAUGUUGCUAGAAAGACCUGGAUAUGAAAACAAAUAUAAGCUAGAAAUGAGGCUAAAGAUAUGCACAUGAGCAUCAUCUCUCUUGGAAAAAACUUCCUGUUGGAUGACACUUCCCAGCUUUAGUGACCAUGCACAACUCUGUUUACUUUGAUGGUGUUUGUUCACGUUGUUUUUUAGUUUGUAACAUCCUUAAGGCAGUAAUCAUGUUUUUGGCAUAUGUCAUGCACAUUCUAUACAAAAUUUUAAUAUCCAAAUAUUGUAUAUAUUCUACAUUAUUUACUCUUACAUUAAUGAGACAUUCUAAGGUUUCUUUUUAUUGAAAUAAAAACUUCUAAAAUUGAA